AAAAUGCCAUGAUAUUGGACAAUCUAUCCCACAUCGGAUAGAGAAUAUCAUUGCUCCUAUAUGAGUACCUCAUAGACCAUAGCUACACCUCCGACUUACAUCCGACUAAAAACAUCACUCCUUGAAAAUGAAAUCUCUCAAUCAACUUUCUUUAGCUCGCGGCAGCCAAGCCAGCGGCAGCGACAGCGGCAGCAGCGGCAGCGAUAAGGAUAUACACAAUGAUGGCAAAGAACAGUUUGUUCCGAUUGAUGCAAAGGUGUACAAGUUAUUGGUUGAGGGGAAAAAAGAUGAUAUAUCAAAACUAAAAAUAGGUAACUUUUAUGAGCUAAAGUCUAAGGAAGAUGAAAAUUCCGUGCUUCACAUAGCAGGAAGUACAGGGCAAGCUCAGGUCAUUGCAGAACUUCUCCCAAGUAGUAAGCACAUUAUUACAUGGACAAACAACAAAGGUGAUCUUGCAUUUCAUUCAGCUGCAAAAGCUUCACAAUUCGACGCGGUUAAAGCGCUGAUGAACUGGAAGAGUUACGAUUCAAAGGAAGAAUAUAUUAGCGCAAAAUUGUUGGGUGUUCAAAAUGAUGAAGGGGACACCCCACUCCACAUUGCACUCGAAAAUUGUCAAGAAAAUAUGGCUCAGAUUUUGAUGGAUGAAUAUGGUGGAGCGUGUUAUAAAUUGAAUAAAAUUAACGUGUCUCCACUUUAUAUGGCUAUUCAGUCAAAGUUUUGGGAACUCGUGAAGAAGAUGAUUGCUUAUACAAAAGAGAAUAAGGUAGCUUCAGAGCCUGAGUUACUUAAAGGCAAGUCUAUUGUUCAUGUCGCCAUUGAUGCUGAUAACACGGAAAUUUUGAAGGAGAUAUUAGCCAAUCAUGAAGAUCUUAUCAAAUCAGUUGAUGAUGAAGGUCGAUCACCACUAUCUUAUGCAGCAUUCAAAGGUCACCUUAAAGGGGUUGAAUACUUGUUCGAAAAAUUCCCUGAAUAUGCAUACGAAUGUGACAAGGCAGGUUACUUUCCCAUUCAUAAGGCAGCAAGUGGAGGUAAUUUGAAGAUCAUCGAAAAGCUGUACAUCACCAAAAACUUGCUCAACAAAAAAGGCCAAACUAUUCUUCAUGUAGCAGCUGAGAGUGGCAAAUCCAAAGUGGUAUCAUAUGUGAUAAAUAAGCGAGAUUUAGAGAGGCUCAUCAAUUUAAAAGAUGAAGAUGGAAAUACUCCGUUGCAUUUGGCUGCCAAAGGCUUCCAUCCGAGGACGGUGAACAUAUUGGCACGAGAACAGCAAUGCAAGAACAAUUUGGAGAACAAGAAUGGAUUGACAGCUCUUGAUUUUGUCGAGGUCCAUACUGAGCCACUGCCUACGUUUGAAGCGCGGCUUACUUGGAUGGCCUUGAGGUAUGUGGAUGCACCUAGAAGCUCACAAUCAAAAAGGAAGACCUAUGUGCAAAACCUCAGAGCUGGAAAGCAAAAGAACAAAGCAAACGAUGCGAAAGAGUUGGACAGUUUUACAGAGAGAGUUGACACACACAUGUUAGUUGCUACACUUGUGGCUACCGUGACCUUCGCAGCUGGGUUCACUCUUCCAGGAGGUUAUAACCAGUCUGAAAAUGAUCCAAACAUAGGUUUGGCAGUAUUGGCUAGAAAAUGGGCGUUUAAGAUGUUUGUAAUAUGCAACACAGCUGCACUUUAUAGUUCCAUCCUAUGUGUUGUGACCCUCAUUUGGGCACACUUGGGUGACCUAAAGCUAAUUAGGUUGUCUCUCAAAUUCGCACUACCCAUGUUGGGACUCGCGCUCGUUAUGAUGUCCAUGGCCUUUAUGAUGGGUAUAUUCGUCGUGUUGAGGACAGUAUCUUGGCUUUCCUAUGUGGUUUUGGGCAUGGGAUGCAUCUUCUUGCUUGGUGUUCUUCUUUUUUUUAUUCCACUCUACAACCCCUCUUACAUCAAAAAUUCUGUGGUCCGGUUUUUCUUCUCCGGAACCUUCUUAUUGUUGUUGUUAGUGUGUGAGAAAAGCUCCAUAACAUAUACCUAAGGGCAACGACAUUAGGCAGUGUCAUGUUUAAAUGUUGUUGUAAAAGGGUGGUAGAAUUGUAAGGUCUCCAAAAUGGCAAGUUUCAGGUAGAUCAAGGUUGGUGUUAGUUUGUCUUUGAUGGUUAUGUAGUAGUUUCAUUUUGAUUUGAAAUUUGUACUUUUGAUAUGUUGAGGUUCUCUAGUGUAAGUCAUGUUAUGUAUGCCUUGCUGUCUUGAGGAACUUUACACUUUCAAUGAGAAAGAUCUAACAAGUAAUAAUCUUGUAUUUGUACCAACUAAUAGAAAAAUAAAUAUUUGGUA